AUCGAUUGGUAUUUUCCGCGCCAAAUUCGCUCCUAUUUUUACCACAUUGGCUCUUCAUCGAGUAGAAAUUAGCCUUUCUGCAUUGUAGUCGACAUCUAUUCCUUCCAAGAUGGCCUUGCAGCCCGUCCAACAGAUUUCUCUGGAUUCCGCGGCAGAGUCGGGAUUUCUGUCAUUCUACCGUUCGUUACCCGAGAAACCAGAGACUACAUUCCGAGUUUUUGACAGAUCAGAUUACUAUACUGUUCAUGGGCCAGAUGCUCUCUUUGCGGCCAAAGAAGUGUUCAAAACCUCAAGCGUUGUCAAAUAUCUUGGCACCGGUGACCACAAAGUGCCAUCUGUGGUCCUAAGUAAGAUGAACUUUGAGUCGACGUGUCGAGACCUGCUACUUAUUCGUCAGUACAGGAUUGAAAUGUACCGCAGUAAAGGAGGCAAGAACAGUAGUGCCUGGGAACUGGUUGCUAAGGGAUCUCCUGGCAACCUGCAGCAGUUUGAAGAUAUCUUAUUUGGGAAUUCUGAAAUGUCUGCUUCUGCUGUUGUCAUGGCAAUUAAGCUUGGUACAGUCACUGGACAAAGAGUUGUUGGAGUUGCCUACGCAGAUGUUGCUUCAAGAAAGCUUGGUGUUUGUGAAUUUGCCGAUAAUGAUCAGUUUUCCAAUCUUGAGGCUCUCAUUGUCCAGCUUGGUCCUAAGGAAUGUCUUAUGGCUUCCACUGACAGCAGUGGUGACGCUGCCAAGACCCAUGAAGUUGUCAAGCGCAGCAACAUCCUUGUUACAGAACGCAAGAAAGUGGAGUUUUCAAACAAAGACAUUGUGCAAGACUUGAACAGGCUUCUGAAAUUAACUGCUGGGGGAAAUAGCGCAACAUUACCUGAAAUGGACAUGAUACAUGCAACAGCAGCCUUGGCCGCAGUCAUCAAAUACUUGGAGCUGCUGUCUGAUGAAUCUAACUUCAGUCAGUUCAAACUGUCCUCCUUUGACCUGAGUCAGUACAUGAAGCUGGAUGCUGCUGCUGUCAGGGCGCUUAACCUUCUUCCUAACCCUAUGGAUGGUGGAAACAAGAGUAUGUGCCUGACAGGCCUUUUAAACAAGUGCAAGACUCCUCAGGGACAAAGGCUUGUCGCCCAAUGGAUCAAACAGCCUUUGAUGGACAAGAAUAAAAUUGAGGAAAGAUUGAAUAUAGUUGAGGCAUUUGUUGAGGACACAGAGCUGAGACAAACACUCCAGGAUGAAAUGAGGAAAUUUCCAGAUUUUUCCAGGCUUGCCAAGAAGUUCCAGCGACAAAAAGCCACUCUACAGGAUUGUGUACGCGUCUAUCAGUCAGUUCAACGCCUGGAACCAUUUGCAGACGUCCUCGAACGUUACCAUGGCGACCACAGGAAGCUUCUGGUUGAAUGCUUCAGGGAUCCGCUUAUGGAACUUGUAGCUGACUUUGCAAAGUUUUGUGACCUAGUGGAGACCACCAUAGACCUGGAGCAGGUCGAGAAUCACGAGUAUCUUAUCAAGGCCACAUUCGACGAAGGUCUGCAAGAGUGCCGGGAACACAUGGACGAGAUUCUGGAAAAGUUUCCUGUUGAAUUGAACAAGGCUGGCAGAGACUUAUCUCUUGAGCCUUCAAAGACGAUUAAACUUGAAUCUAAUAACCAGCUUGGCUAUUUCUUCAGAAUUACUAGGAAGGAAGAAAAGGUACUUCGUAACAAUAAACGCUAUUCGACUAUCGAGACCCGUAAAGAUGGCGUCCGCUUCACUAACUCGGCUCUUAGUCAACUGAACGAUGAAUUUCGCGGCUAUAAAGACACGUACAACGACGUGCAGGGUAAACUGGCGGCAGAGGUCCUGAAAAUCGCAGGAGGUUACAGUGAACCGAUGCAGGGACUUAGUGAUGUCAUAGCCCAAAUUGACGCUCUUGUCAGUUUUGCACAUGUCUCUGCAAACGCACCGAUACCCUACGUGAGGCCUACUAUUACCCCUAAAGGUGAAGGAGACAUAAUUCUCACAGGAUCUCGUCACCCGUGUCUCGAAAUACAAGAUAAUGUCGCGUUUAUUGCAAACGAUGUAACCUUAUCGAGAGACAAACAGAUGUUUUUGAUAAUCACUGGACCGAAUAUGGGCGGAAAGUCAACCUACAUACGACAGCUCGGUGUUAUCGUUCUGAUGGCUCAGCUGGGUUGUUUUGUGCCGUGUAGUACUGCCCAGAUCUCUAUCACCGAUUGCAUCUUAGCCAGAGUGGGAUCUGGGGAUAGUCAACUCAAGGGUGUGUCAACCUUCAUGUCGGAAAUGCUGGAGACUGCUUCGAUUCUAAGGACUGCCACCAAGGACUCACUGAUCAUCAUCGAUGAGCUAGGGCGAGGCACCUCAACAUAUGACGGCUUUGGACUCGCGUGGGCCAUAUCUGAGUACAUAGCAACUCAAAUUAAAUCAUUCUGCCUGUUUGCCACGCAUUUUCAUGAGCUCACAUCAUUGGCUGACGAGGUUUCUACGGUAACUAACCUGCAUGUUACCGCCUUAACCACGGGCGGGACUCUGACCCUGCUUUACAAAGUGAAACCAGGUGUUUGUGAUCAAAGCUUUGGUAUUCACGUGGCAGAACUUGCUCAUUUCCCAAGCGAUGUCAUCGAGUUCGCCAAACAAAAAGCUGCAGAGCUUGAGGAUUUUCAGGGUAGCUCUGCUGAACUUGGUCAAGGAGUCACAGAUUCUACAGGUGAAUCGCCAGCAAAACGAAGAAGGCUUGCAAAACAGGAAGGAGAGGUUAUCAUCAAAGACUUCCUUCAGAAGGUUAACCAGCUACAAUUAGAGACGAUGACAGAUGAGCAAAUCUACGAAGAAGUUCAGAAACUCAAGCAGGGAGUGCAAGAAAAAGGGAACCCUUACAUAAAUGGUCUGGUGCUAAAAAGUUAAUAUGCCCCUUCAGGUCAAUAACGACCAAAGUAUUUAGAUGUUUUACAAUGUGAAUGAGUACAAGUGCAUGCUAAGUAUUUUGCUAAGAAGGGUGUGCAGUCCAAGGUAUCAUAUGGAGAAAUGCUAACAUUUGAUUUUCCUUCAAUGACACCAAUGGUAGUAGGGGUAAACCCUCUUCUAGUGGCAGCAAACACAAAUAUAAACAAUAGUGCUUAAGAUUAUAUGGUUAUUGUGCAUAGCUGCAAAAUAGUGCAUAAGACUAUGGUAAAAAUGGAAUAUGUAUAACUGCUUUUAGUAAAAUUUAAAAAGUUUUUAAAGAAAAAAAUAUUGGAAUUUCCUAGAGAUAGGUAACAGGGUUGUUUUAUUAUAGAGCCAGCUUGAGUUAUUACAGUAUAAAACCCCAUCAGUAAAGAUCAGGGCCUGGCGCCCGUUUCUCGAAACGCCCGAGAAUUCUCGGGCCCGAAAACUUUAUUUUGCAUUUUUUCCCAAAAUUUCGCAUUUUUUCCCUUUGGAGAACCACUUUCAUGUUUUAGAACAGUUUCAACUUCCACUUGGUUCGUAUUCCAAAUGAUUAUGGUCAAUAGGGCUAUUUUCGAUUUUUUGCUGAAGCCAGAAAGUUACCCAAAAAGUCUCGGGUGACUGCGAAGUCCCGAGAACUUCUUAAUAUUUAAGACAUGUGAAUUUCGGCCGAAGAAGUCCGGGAAAGGAUCAAAAUCUAUAAAUCUAUAAAGAGGAUCAUCCUUCACAUGAAUCUUUGUGGUAAAAUAAGAUAUUUCAACACAUUAUAUACCAUAAAUUUUAUAGGAAUUAGCCAGCUUUUCAAAUUUAAGGAAUAAAGCGUUUUCAGGCCACAGAAUUCCCGGAUGUUUCGAGAAACGAGCCCCAGGUUCCUAGAAACAGGGUCAGCACAAACCCAUGGAAAAGUACGGCUAUUGGGACAUUUGAUUGGAUAAGAACGUCUUGGCCCAGGCUUCUUAAAUAAGGAUAUCAGGUGUCAAAGUAAAAGUUUUGUAAAGUAUUUUUCAAUAAAUUACCAAAGAAGAA